CUGACAGGCCGACAGUGAAAGUCAUAAGCUGAUUUUUAAAUAUUAUCGGCCGUUCUUUUUGGAAGUGGAUCAACAUGUCUUUCUCCUGGGCUUGAUGCCAUAUGUAUCUUAAUUCCGUCUGCUAAAGGAAGGUAUCUCAACAUGAUCCCCUGAAGGAAAUAACAGCAAGAACUGGAUUCGAUUCUCCUUCGCAGAAAUGGCUUUUCAGCGCUCUGCUUCCAACAGCAUGGAAAGCACCACACCUCACAUCAGGAUAGAGGACGAGUCUGUGAUUAAGCAAUUCUACAAGUUUGAACAAAAUCUGGGAAAGGGCAGCUUUGGGGUUGUUAUCCAAGCCACUCACAUUCCGACAAGUACAAAAUGGGCCAUUAAAAUACUGAACAAGGAAAAGGCUGGAAGCUCUGGAGUCCGAAUGCUGGAGAGGGAAGUCGCUAUCCUGAAGAUGGUGAACCACAAUCACAUCAUUCAACUAGAGGAAGUCUAUGAAACAUCAAGGAAGGUCUACCUUGUCAUUGAGUUCUGUGAACUUGGGGAGUUGAAAGGAAUUGUGGCCAAGAAAGGUCACUUGAACGAGCCCGAAACCAAACACAUCAUCUCUAGCUUGGCUAGUGCUAUAUUUUACCUACACAAAAACGGUAUUGUACACAGAGAUCUGAAACUGGAAAACAUCUUGGUGAAAAGUAAUGAUAAUGCAGAUGACAAUGACCUAAAACUAAAUAUCAAAGUGACUGACUUCGGCUUAUCUGUUUUAAGGGAUGGCGCUGGUGUUGGGGGGAAAUCAAUGCUGCAGGACACAUGUGGCACACCUUUGUAUAUGGCCCCAGAAAUUAUGAAUAACUACGACUACAGCCAGCAAUGUGACAUUUGGAGUAUUGGUAUUAUUAUGUACACUCUGUUGUGUGGCCAAGCCCCGUUCACAGCUAAAUCUCAGGAAAAACUUUAUGAAGAAAUAAGAAAAGGGGAACUGGAUUUUUCUCAUUCUUGUCUGAAGUCCAUUAGCGAGAGUGCUCACUGUGUUUUAAAGGGACUGCUGAUAGUGGAUCCAGCCCACAGAAUGACAGCUAGUGAACUACUAGAUCACCAUUGGAUAACUGGAGAACCGAGCAGCAGAGAACGGCCUAAGAAUGUAUUGGAAAUGAUGAAGCAAUGGAAACAGGAAAUCAGUCGGGAGAAUGAGGAAGGCCAGGAUCAAGAGAACGGAGUCAGUGAAGAGAAAGACAAUUUGACCAUUUCAAAAGCAGAUCCUGAGACAAACAUCUGCUCAAAGAAGCUAGCCACAUCUGUUGCAAAGUCAACAGGUGCGUGUGGACAGAAACGGUACUCCUUUGACAGUGCACCUUUAAGGAUAACAGCUGCUUCGAAACAAGCCUCAGCCUCGAACAGGAAAGCGAGAAGGAAGUCUGAAUCUGCGGCUAAUUCAAGACUAUUUAAAUUGUCCGGGCCCAAUCCUCUGGUUAAAAGAUGACAUGUGUAUAAUUGGUAAAAUGUACCGACAGGUUCCUCGGAGAACAGUUUUCCAAGAUGAAAACAUUAUUUAAAAGGAUUUGGCAGCAUUAUUUUAGUACUGAAUUGUUAGGAUUAUCAACUCGAGGUAUCUUUCUGUGACAAAUUUCUAUCUCCGCAUACAACUCUUUCUAACACAAGAGAUUGAUGCAUACGGUUCUUUUCCUCUCAUCGUUUGCAGCUGACUUCUCAGCUGCCGCAUGAGAGAACCUUCAAUUCCCUACGUGGUAGUUUUGUUUGUCGAUAAGCAGUUCACCAUCUUGUGUGUCGUCCUGGUGUAACCUACCUCAAUUGAUCCAAACACUUUGUCACCUCUUCCCCCCCCACCCCCCCCAACAUCCAAUUUGGUU